UUUGCAACGUGCCUGAAGGAUGAGUCAUUUCAGUCUCUGGCUGACGGUUUGCAUUACAUGAACUCCACUUGAGAGCAACUCCCAGGAAUUUUCAGAUCAGGCUUGUCAAGAUGGGAUUGAUGGACAUCAUGGAGUAGCUCAGGAGCACAGGUAAUGCUAGUCAGUUUCCAUGAGUGUUCUUCCAGGCUGCACCCCUCCCAGUAAACAAGGUAAGGAAGCUUGGAAUUGAGGAUUUGUUUAGGAAGUACUCAUCCUCUCCUUGUAUCAUGAUCCGAGGAGGAGAAGGCUGCGUCCAUCCUGGGAUGGAGUUCCUCUCCUUUUCCUUCACCUCACUCUGCUCCUGUGGGCAGCUGAUACAAGGUGUAACAGGGACCUCCUACCACCAGCAAAAACCAUUUCUGAUGCAGAGCAAGAGGCAGAGAGAACAGAAGCCAAGAGAGCCGAGCAGCCAUGGCCUCAGUGAUACCUGUAGAGGAAAUUCAAGAUGAAAUCCAAUGUCCCAUCUGCCUGAAGUAUCUGACAGAUCCAGUGUCUGUACAGUGUGGGCACAACUUCUGCCGAGUCUGCAUCACUCAGUACUGUGAGACGUGGGCAGAGGCAGACUAUGGCCCUGUGUGCUGUCCCAACUGCAGAGCCCUCAUCCAGAGGGGGACUCUCCGGCCCAACUGGCAGCUAGCAAAUAUAGUCAACAAAAUUAAACAAAUGGAAUUAAAACCAGGAAAAGAGAAAUUGUGUGAGACACAAAAUAAAACCCUGGAUCUGCUCUGUGAAGAAGAUGGGGAAACCUUGUGUGUGGCUUGUGAGAGAUCCCCAGAGCAUGGCGCUCACACAAUGAUUCUCAUGGAGGAGGCUGCCCAGAAAUACAAGGAAAAGAUCCAGGCCCAUUUGGAGACUCUGAGGGAAGAGAGAGAAAAGCUGCUGGGAUUUAAAGUGACUGGAGAGGGGAAAAGUCGGAAGUAUCUGAUACAGACACAAACCGAGAGGCAGAAGAUUGUAUCUGAAUUUCAGCAACUGCAGCAGUUCCUGCAGAAACAAGAGCAAGUCCUGCUGGCCACGCUAGAAAACCUGGAAAAGGAGAUUGUCAUUCUGCAUCUUCACAAUGUCACUAAACUCUCUGAGAAGAUUUCCUGUUUCAGCAACCAGAUCAGUGAGCUGGAGGGGAAGCAUCAGAAGCCAGCAAGUGAAUUCCUGCAGGAUUUCAGAAGCACCUUGAGCAGAUGUAAGAAAGGGAAGUCCCAGCAGCCAGUGGAGAUUUCUCCUGAGCUGGAAAAGAGACUCGGUGAUUUCUCCCAGAAAAUUAUUGCUGUAACAGAGAUUCUGAGAAAAUUCAAAGACACACUGUGCUGCAAACUGGAGACAGAAAGAGGGAAAUUGCUAGGAUCCUUCAGACCAGUGAAUGUGACUCUGGAUCCAGACACGGCUCAUCCCGUCCUAGUCCUGUCUGAGGAUCAGAAAAGUGUGAGAUGGGGAGACACACGGCAAGAUCUACCAGACAAUCCUAAGAGAUUUGACACUGAGCUCUGUGUGCUGGGCUGUGAGGGAUUCACCUCGGGGAGACAUUUCUGGGAGGUGGAGGUGGGGAAUGAGGGACACUGGGCUGUGGGGGUUGCCAGAGAAUGUGUGAGGAGAAAGGGAGGGAUCAGACGUAACCCUGAGGGGGGCAUCUGGGCUGUGGGACAGUGUGGGGGUCAGUUCAAAGCUCUCACCUCUAUGGAGACCCCACUGCCCCUGAGCUGGGUCCCCAAGAGGAUCCAGGUUUUUCUGGACUAUGAACAGGGGCAGGUGACAUUUUUUGAUGUUGAUAAGGAAGCCAUGAUCUUCACUUUCCCACCAGCCUCCUUUACUGGGGAGAGAAUCUAUCCUUGGCUCUGGGUGUGGGGAUCCCAGCUCAGAAUAUUUCAGAAAUACAGGGAGAAUAGCUAUUGGGAACCCUGAACUCAUUCUCUCUAUCCUCACACACCCUGGUCACCAUGACCCUGGAGGACUUCUCUCUUCUUCAAGACUUUCUGCAAUGCAGUCUCAAGGACCCUAGAUGCUCCAUGGGCUCUCAGGUCUGGACUGUCAAACCACAGGGAUCAGUAAGAAGACAAUCUCAUCACCUCAUGGAUUGUCCAAUCUGUUUCUUAUUGUUCUCUAUGGUCCAGGAGGAUUCUGGGGAUCCUGGGUCACAGAGUGUCAUGGAAACAUGGGAGAACUAGGCCAAUGGAAAUGAAAAAAUAGGCUUCUCUAGCCUUGUCAUCCUAGUGUCUAUGACUUUGGAGGACUGUCAUCUAACUAACCCCUCACUCAUCUCUCUGACUGUGGAGGACUCCUGUCCUCCCAAAUCCCAGUACCUCAUCUCCCCCUUCACUGCCAGGAGCACAAGAGAUGGGAAGGGGGUGUGUGAAAAACUCUUGGCGCUGCAGAAGGAGUAGAUAUGGUCAAAACUCAUGGAGUUUCAGGGUGAGAAGUGAUGUGGGAACUGGUGCCUUAAUUAAUAGCUGGGCUGGGAGACAGGCAGAUGUGGGGUGGCAGGGACACAACAUGAAUUAAUUGGGUUUUGGGGAGUAGCUGGAGACUCUGCAUCAGCAGGGAGAACCUGGGAGAGGCAGACCCAGGGAUUGGAGAGUGUGAUCUCCAGGCCAGCAGGGAAGGGAUGCUGCUGUGGGAAGGAGUAGGGGUAGUGAGAUGUCAUCUGAAUGAAUGUGAGCUGGCUCUUUGGAGGAGAGAGGGAAGUACAGGGCAGGUUUAACCAGAAAGGAGAGAAGAAAUGAAAGAGAAAAAAUAAAGUGAAACAAGUGUAAAGAGAGAAGCCUGAGGAAAGUGGCGGAAACUGAAAUGAAGAGUGAAAGCAAAACAAUCCGGAGAAGGGAAAAUGCUCAGAGGACACAGAGAGGGGAAAGGAAAAACUCAGGGGAGAGAACAGGAACCUGAGGUGGAAUGAUCUGUGAAUCUGAAUAGAGUAGAACUAAGGAGACACAGAGAAAUAGAUGGAAAACAUGUGCUAUAAAAAACAAUGUGUAAAACUGGAUAAAGUGAAAGGAAAGGGUGAAGAAAAGAGAACACAAGAGGGAUACGAGAUUUAUAAAAUGAUGCUGAAAGUCAGACUGGUUAUGAAAAUUCCCUCUCAGCUCCUUUUAAGCCUGACAUUUACUUAAGAGAAAUUAAGCAUAUUUUUUCCUUCUUUAUUUCCUUUUAAUUUCCCAGUUGUAAUUUUGAAGGCACUCAUGAGAUUCCCCCUCAGCCCCAAUUGGUUGUGUCACCCUAACAGCAAUGGGGUGUGUGUGUGUGUGUGUGUGCCAAUCUGAUGAUAGCCUGAGCCUUACUGUAAUAUGUUGCUAUCCAGCCUGCAUUCUGUGCCAUGAGUUUUAUAUAAGGUGUAUGUCAGGAGUUGUUGAGUUAUGCUCUGGAGAGAGCUGGUUUGGUCACUUCAUCUCUCAACCACCACACCUGCUAGUGUGUGACACAAGCAAACAAAAUGUGGCACAUAUUUGCAAUGUGGGGCACUUGGGUUUUAUGACUCAUCACACCACAAUCAACAGCCCAUAAUAGUUUUAAUGAGUGUGUGAAUUAAAUAAACUAUUUAAAAAGAAAACUAAAAUAUAUACCAAAUAUCCACUCCCACAGCAACAGGGUUUCUAUUAUGACCUCUCUGGUUCCCCACACUCAUCUCCACCACUGGAACUCCAGGAAGAAUUGCUAUUAUGGGUGAGGCCCAACCACUGGAGAGGGAUUUGACAGACACAUUGGCAGUGGGUUACACAAGGGCCUACUAGACAGCUUAGCAUAUUAGAGAUCAGGACACUGGGUUCUCUUCCUGGCCUCAGUGUGGGGUAAUGAUAGGUAACCAUAUUAUUUAUAUUUCAUACAUUAAUU